AUGGUGGAGCCGUUCGAAUCCGAGCUGACGAUAGUGCAAAUAUAUGACAAAACAUUUGAAUUAAAAGAAACUAACGAUUGUUUAGAUUGUGCAAAUGACCAAUAAUCUCAAGAUGUCGAACAGAAAACCCGAAUUAUACCGCUGGAAGCGUAUAUCUGAGCCUAAAAUGGUAUACUCUAGGUCCCAGAAAGUUACAACCACAGAUGAUGUUCAGGAUUGGAUAAAGAAAGUGGAAGAUGCUUCAAAUAUGGCUGCGGCUGCCACAUUCGGUAUACAAUAUGGUGGAGGCAGAAACUUAGGCAAAGCCAAGGCAAACAAAGUCACAUCUCUUUUGAGAGAAGAUGAUGCUGCCUUAACUGAAGCCCAGGACCUGCUCACCCAGUGGAUGAGUGACAAAGUCGAUGUGGAUGCAGAGUUGGAGUAUGUGGAAGAGAAAAGCAGGCGAUCACUGGUGGUGGAAAACUCCGUCAAAAUGGAGUGGGACCACCUACUGCAGGAUGCUGGGAUAGAAGGCCUCAGCACAGAUGACAAUGGAGACUUUAAGUUGCCAAUGCCUGCAGAGGAUCCCUACACAGCUAUUGAGCACCAAGAUGAAGACAUCCUGGUGGACAAGAUCAUGAGGAGCUUGAUGGAGAAGGAGGUGGUGCCACAGACCUUUGUCAAUGACCUGGGAUUUAAUGAGACAAAGAAACAGAAAGACCCCAGGGUGAAGAUGCAGGUCAGGCACCAGCAGGUGAAAGAGAAUAGAGAGAAAAGGGAGCGAGAACUGGAGAAACAGAGAAGAGAAAGGCAGGCUAAGAAAGACGCCCAUUUUCAAGCACAGCAAAUGAUACUGAGGGAAGAGAAAGAAAAGAACAUGCGUGCCAAAAGAGAAGAGCUAGAACUUCAGAAAGAGAUGGCAAGAAUCAGAAAGCAAAUGCAGGAGGAGAGAAAGAAGGAAGAAGAGAGGAAGUUGAGAGAAAAGCAGCAGAGUGAGCUGUUAGAGCAGCAGGCGCGGGAGGAGUUUGAGAGGCAGAGGGAGGAGGAGGAGAGGAGACAGAUGGAACACUUGAAAAAGAUCGAUGAAAAGAGAGUACAACUGAUGAAAAGACUAGAGGAGGUGGAGAAAAGGAAAGCUGCUGAUAAUUUAAAGAUCCUCCACAAACAUUUCUCUGCCUGGUACAAUGUGGUCCUGGAGAAGAGGAUAGCCAUGGGCAAGGUGAAGGCCAUGGCAGACUGGAAGUGUUUAUUGCGUGCCUGGAACGCCUGGAAGACCUUUGUGAGAGCCAAGAGACUGGAGAGGGAGGCACAACACUAUGAACAAGACUUGAAGAAUUAUCACAGAAAAGUUCAGCAAGCCGAGUCCCACCACAGAUCACAGUUACUUUUCAGGUAUUUCCAUGCUUGGCAGAUGUGGCUGAAACAGGAGCAGUUAGAUAGGCAGGCGGCCAAUGAACAGAGCAGGCUACAGUCCAAGAUGGCGGCUCUGUUGGAUGCAGCUGCUACUGGUCGCCUCUGGAGCAGUAGACAGGAGGGGGAGGGUGUUGCCAGUGGUAGCAGUCACAGACCAGAGUCAGCGAGAGAGAAAGUUGAUGCAUUGUUUGAGCAACCUGCCAGACCCAGACCCCAGUCAGCCAGGAGUAGUACCAGUACCUUGGAUUCAUUCAAGGUCCCAGCUGCUAAGAAAGCCUGGCAGCCUCAACCAGCCACAGUUCCCACACAACCGUGGCAGGUCACAAAGAAACAUGUUCAUCUCAGCAAAAAGGAAUUGGCUGCUAUGGGCAACCAUGACAACCAGUCUAAUCCCCAUGACAACCCACCUGGUCCCCAUGGUGAUUAUGUAGAUAACCAGUCAGAUGGCCAGAAGAGCGAUGGGAGAACCAAUCAGAAAAAAGCACCAUGGCAGAGGGAGCCUUUUAUGGUUAAUAGCCAUAGUCAUAGAACUGAAGCUCAGAAAGAAAUGCUCAAGAAACAGAGAGAACAGAUACAGGAACAGCAGAAAAUGAUAGAGGAACUACAGUUCCAGCAGAACCAGUUAAUUCUUCAACAACAGCUGAAAACUCAGAGAACAAUCAGAGAACAGCUCAAUCAGAUGACUAUUGCUGAUGUCACAGACGAACAAAUGAAAAAGAUGAAUAAAGAGCCAGAGAAAACUGACAGAAGUGGAGGUUCCACUGCAAGGUCGGCUGUCAGUGAGUCCUCUGAGAAGAGUGACAAUACAGCUGCUUCCAAGAAGAGCAUGGCAUCUUCUAAAUUUCUCAAGAACAUGGAGGCCCGUUCAGCAGAGAGGGCAAGGCUGAAGGCGGAGAGAGAGGAGAGGAAGAGAAAAGCUGAAGAGGAACAAUUGGCAAAACUUGAACAAGAAGCAGAAGAGAGAAGACUACAGGAGGAAGAAGAAAAAAGGGCUAGAAUAGAAGCAAGGAAGGAACAAAAGAGAUUGGAGAAACAGAGAGAGCUGGAGAAGCAGAAGAUGGUGGAGAAGGCGCAGCAACAGAUGAAACAGGCUGAGGAGCACUACAGGCUGGCUUUGCUGAAACAUAAAGGUUUUCUCCCGUGGCGUAAGUUAAUGGACAUGUCCAGAAAUAACAUGGAAGUUGCAGUGGACCAUGCUAACACAGUGCUUUUACGAAAUUGCCUCCUGUCGUGGCACGCCCACACCAAGGAGGUGAAUGAAGAGAAGACUGAGAUGGCAGAUGAAAUGGCAAAGUUCUUGAUCAGUAGAAGAUGCUUCAAUAACUGGAAACAGUAUGGCAGAUAUAUGACAAUAUUAGAAGAGAAGGCAGACAGAUUCUAUGUACGCCACCUACAGGUGAAAAUCCUUCGUGCCUGGGCUGAGCAUGCUUCUGAUGAGAAGUUUGCAGGGUGGGAAAGAGACAGGAUAGCAAAGGAGCAUAAUGAAUGGCGGCUGUUAAACUCAGUACUAAAGGCCUGGAAAGAAUUCCCCAAGAUGCUGAAAGCAGAGCGCGAGAAGGAGAGAAGAAGGGAAGAAAUGAGAAAGAAAGUUGCAUCUAUACUUCCAGAUUUCGAAGGACUUCCUUAAAGAGAUAUUUUGUACUACAGUUAUAAAAGGUCUGUGAUACUGUGACAUUG